CCUGCAGAGUUGAUCUGUCAAGCAGACCGAGGACCUUGACACUUAUCGGCGGACACUGCCUGUUGUUGAGGGGUUUAUUUCGGCAUCGGGAAACAAGCUAAAGGGGAUCGCGUCGUUGGGAUAUGGUUGUUAGGGAAACAGGGCUGUGUCAGUGGCGGUUUAAAAGUAACCGUCGUCUGUCAGAAUUCCAACUAUCCAACAGCCGAGCUAGCCAUUUAGCUAAUUAUUGAACACCAGCAGAAGCUCGCCGUGCAGGAGACACGCAUUCAUGUCGCCGCUGGUGAGGAUCAUCCAUCCGUAGGUGUUCAUUUGGACUCAGUGACCCCGCUGUGAUGACAUCCUGACAGUUCACCUCGUCCGUUCCUGACACUUUCCUAAGCCUGGCUAGCGAGCUAAUUUGGCUAACUAGCAGGUUUUUUAAACUGCCUCAGCGUUGCAACCAGCAACCAGCUUUCGCCGUGACAGUGAACCCCCGGUUUAAUACGUUGACCGUGCGCGAACCACGGUGUGCGGACACGGGGGACGCCGAAGACCCCCGUCUUGCAGAAAGACCGUACCGAAGGGCCCCUGUUUUAUGACAGUCUGCGGGGAGAGAGGAGCUAGCAGACAGGACACUCGGCCAUUCAGCGCGGCAGAGGCGGUGCGCUGCAGAAGGAGACACCGGACUGAACGGAGGAAUAGUCCCACACUUUUGGCUACUGUGAUCCGGGAAGUUAUCCGGACAGAGACCUCAUGAAUGGAAAUCGGAACUACAGGAGCCGUUGGGGCCCAGUCCCUGUUCGCCAUGCCUCGGCGGCCUGGCUAUGGCACCAUGGGGAAGCCCAUCAAGCUGCUGGCCAACUGCUUCCAGGUGGAUAUCCCCAAGAUGGAUGUCUACCUCUACGAGGUGGACAUCAAACCUGACAAGUGCCCCCGGAGAGUCAACAGGGAGGUGGUCGACUCAAUGGUACAGCACUUUAAGGUGACAAUCUUUGGGGAUCGCAGGCCCGUCUAUGAUGGAAAGAGGAGCCUGUACACAGCCAACCCACUGCCUGUGGCACCUGCAGGGGUGGAUCUGGAUGUCACUCUACCAGGUGAGGGAGGGAAAGAUCGCCCCUUCAAAGUCUCCAUCAAGUUUGUGUCUCUGGUCAGCUGGCACAUGCUCCACGAGGUGCUGACUGGCCGCAGCAUGCCUGAGCCCCUGGAGCUGGACAAGCCCAUCAGCACCAACCCGGUGCACGCAGUGGACGUGGUGCUGCGACACCUGCCCUCCAUGAAGUACACUCCGGUGGGUCGCUCCUUCUUCUCGGCUCCUGAGGGCUAUGACCAUCCCCUGGGGGGUGGGAGGGAGGUUUGGUUCGGUUUCCAUCAAUCUGUGCGCCCUGCCAUGUGGAAGAUGAUGCUUAACAUUGAUGUGUCUGCCACCGCCUUCUACAAGGCUCAGCCAGUCAUCCAGUUCAUGUGUGAAGUGCUGGACAUCCACAACAUAGAUGAGCAGCCUCGCCCUCUCACGGACUCGCACCGGGUCAAAUUCACCAAAGAAAUUAAAGGUCUGAAGGUGGAGGUGACGCACUGUGGAACCAUGCGGAGGAAGUACCGCGUCUGCAACGUGACCCGUCGGCCUGCCAGCCAUCAAACGUUCCCUCUACAGUUGGAAAAUGGUCAGACUGUAGAGCGCACUGUAGCCCAGUACUUCAGGGAGAAGUACAGCCUGCAGCUCAAGUACCCACAUUUGCCCUGUCUACAAGUGGGCCAGGAGCAGAAGCACACAUACCUGCCCCUGGAGGUGUGUAACAUUGUAGCAGGUCAACGAUGCAUCAAGAAGCUGACAGAUAAUCAGACCUCCACUAUGAUCAAAGCCACGGCUCGCUCUGCGCCCGACAGACAGGAGGAGAUCAGCAGGCUGGUGCGCAGUGCCAACUACGAGGCAGACCCUUUUGUGCAGGAGUUCCAGUUCAAGGUUCGCGACGAGAUGGCCCACGUGACGGGGCGAGUGCUACCCGCCCCCAUGCUGCAAUACGGCGGCAGGGUGAGCACAGAACACUUUAUGAACCGCACUGUAGCCACGCCCAGCCACGGGGUGUGGGACAUGAGAGGGAAGCAGUUCCACACCGGGGUGGAGAUCAAGAUGUGGGCCAUCGCCUGCUUCGCCACACAGAGGCAGUGUCGAGAAGAAAUACUGAAGGGUUUCACAGACCAGCUGCGUAAGAUCUCUAAGGAUGCUGGGAUGCCCAUCCAGGGUCAGCCAUGUUUCUGUAAAUACGCCCAGGGAGCGGACAGCGUGGAGCCCAUGUUCAGACACCUGAAGAACACCUAUGCCGGACUGCAGCUCAUCAUCGUCAUUCUGCCCGGAAAGACUCCUGUCUAUGCGGAGGUAAAGCGUGUGGGGGACACCCUCCUGGGCAUGGCCACGCAGUGCGUCCAGGUGAAGAACGUGGUGAAGACGUCACCUCAGACGCUCUCCAACCUCUGCCUCAAGAUCAACGUGAAGCUGGGAGGCAUCAACAACAUCCUGGUGCCUCAUCAACGACCAUCAGUAUUUCAACAGCCAGUUAUCUUCUUGGGAGCAGAUGUCACACAUCCGCCCGCUGGAGAUGGGAAGAAGCCGUCAAUUGCAGCAGUGGUAGGCAGCAUGGAUGCACACCCCAGCAGGUACUGUGCCACUGUGCGAGUCCAGAGGCCCAGACAGGAGGUCAUCCAGGACCUGGCCUCCAUGGUGCGGGAGCUGCUCAUCCAGUUCUACAAGUCCACUCGCUACAAGCCCACCAGGAUCAUUUUCUACAGGGAUGGAGUUUCAGAAGGCCAGUUCAGACAGGUGCUGUAUUAUGAGCUGCUGGCUAUUCGUGAGGCCUGUAUCAACCUGGAGAAGGAGUACCAGCCUGGCAUCACCUACAUUGUUGUGCAAAAACGCCACCACACGCGCCUCUUCUGCGCCGACCGCAAUGAGAGAGUUGGACGUAGUGGCAAUAUUCCUGCUGGUACCACCGUGGAUACGGACAUCACCCAUCCCUACGAGUUUGACUUUUACCUCUGCAGUCACGCUGGAAUACAGGGCACCAGUCGGCCCUCCCACUACCAUGUCCUGUGGGACGACAAUUGUUUCACCGCUGACGAGUUCCAGCUGCUCACAUACCAGUUGUGCCACACCUACGUGCGCUGUACCCGCUCCGUCUCCAUCCCUGCGCCAGCCUACUACGCCCACCUGGUGGCCUUCCGUGCCCGCUACCAUCUGGUGGACAAAGAACAUGACAGCGCUGAGGGCAGCCAUGUGUCCGGGCAGAGUAAUGGUCGGGACCCCCAGGCGCUGGCCAAAGCCGUUCAGAUUCACCACGACACCCUGAGGACCAUGUACUUCGCCUGAGCUACACCUACCAUCACCACCAUUGCCACCCUUUACACACACUCACACACACACACACUCAGAAUCAUGCACACCUGGCUUGCCAUUCGAGGAGUCUUCAUAUGUGCAAGUCCCGCCCCCAUCCCCCCCAAAACGCCUAGUCAAUCCGGACCUGACACUGUGCAGAAGAGAGGAGGGAGGAGGCAGGGGAGGAGGCACCCCCACACUGGACUGAGGACGCUGCUUAAACACAAACAAGAGAAACUCAGCACUAUUAUGCAAUAUUGAACCAGCCAACCAGUUUAUUUCUCCUCUAUCAGACCCCAUUCUCAACGCCCCUCCUUUUCCCUGUUUGUCUCAUUUACUUGUGGCCUAGUGGGUCCUUUUUCUUUUUCUUUCCCCCUUCCUUUAGCACAGUCUUCUCUCCCUAUCUAUUUUCCUUUGCCAUCUGCAAUACCUCAAGUCAGUUCGAGCAGCAGCACUUUUACAUUCUGUUGAAAUAUUACACAAGAGGAAGGGGAGAAAGGAAGGGUCAGCCACGUUGGUGGUAAUGUUACUUUGGACCAGAAGUUCUCCCAGUUGCGCCUGUUAUUUUUCCCUUCUCUUGUUUCCCUCUGAUCUGUCACUUUUCACUACUGUGUGAAAUCACCAGUUUCCUUUUUUCUUUUUUUGAGCACACUGCCACCUGUUGGCGACGAGGUAUAAAUGCCCCUUUAAAGUCACAACAUUGAGUUGUUGAGUGACAAAGUUUCCGAUUGGUUUGGAUUGAUCUUUAGCAGCUGUCACAUUUAAACCGACACUUUCUAUUGGUUGAAAUUCAAAUUGCAGUCAUCUAUGAAUUUUAUUUAAGUUUAACACUGUUAUUUGAUUCUGGUUUGUAUUUUCUUCUACAUUAUGUGAACAUUUUAUGACUUCUUUUUAAAAUCAUUUUAAGCUUGUGUUUUUAAUCUUAGUAUUCGUCAUGCAUUCAUUCUCUCAGUGCUUUAUCUCACAUUUCCCCCUCUUGAGUUUGAGAUCACGUCGAUGGUUUCCCUCUAGUGCAAUAAAUAGCUGAACUAAGGGACGUGGUUCUGAGGGGACGUAAUGAUAUACGCAUGCAGAUAAGAGCAGUUAAUUUGAAAGUGAGUGUCUUCAAAAGGAGAACGGUUUGCCACUCGUGAGGCCCGUAUGUAUUGCUCCUCAUUGAGACGUUUAUCAGCAUGUCUCAAGAGUUCGCCCUCGACCUUGGGCAAUAAUGGUGCAACUGCAGUUUCGGUAGAUUUUCAUGUUUUUACUUGAAUUGAAGGAUUUUAUGCCUCAGUGGUUUGAGAUGAACUCAUCACCUUGGGGCAUGAUUUCAUAAUUCCUGAUCAUCAGUUUGCUAAUGAGGCUGAUUUUCUAAGGCAGCAAAGAGGAGUGUAAAGGCCAUAAGAGGUAGUAUUCAAGUGCCUGGUGGAAGUUAAAUAUUCAAAUGCAUGACUUGUUAUAGGGAUCAUAUUCCAUUUGGUUCAAUAAUCAAAAAGCAUAUUCCAACAAACGGACAGCAUAAGAAGGUUUCACCCGAUGCCUCUUAUUCUCCUGACUUUUCUAUAUACAUCUCAUUGUAAUCAUCCUAAGAUCAAUGUAUUUAUUAUGUUUGCAGCAGUGUUAGCUAGCUGUUGGCUUAGCUUCAAAGCAGUGUUUGAGCAAGCCGUGUUGUCUUUGUGCUUAGACUUCACCUGACAUGGAUCCAGCUGCCAGUGUGUCAAAAGGCCAGGGUUCAUGGGCAUGGAGUCAUAAACUAAAUCCUACAAUACAUUUAGCAGGACUUGAUUUAAUUCCUCUCCGUGCAACUGGCUCUACGUGGUGACUUGCUUCAGAAAAAUGUAGAGGAGUUCCAAUAUUUGCAGCAAAAGUCCUGCUGUUUGUUGAUCUGGGUCACAGCUUAGCUCCUCUGUGCCACUGAAAGCUCGUCUCGGGGGUGUUUUUAAAAGUUAACUGCACUAAAAAGAAGCUGUGUUUUGGGAGUGAACACAGGCGUGGUGCUACUCUGUCUGAAUGAGCAGGUGGGAAGGGAAGUAGUAAAGAAAUGGUAGACCUCACUCUCUUAAGGACAGGAGAAAAAUCCCACUGCUAUGGUUUGAGGAUUUCAAUCGGUAGUGUUGAUCAGCGUUGAAACCCUGUAAACGGUACGAUGGCGGACGUUCCCUCGGACAGUGAGGUGUGAUGUUAGUCCUUCUGACUGCCUUUCAUAGGCGCGCCUUCCAGUGAGGAAGCCAGUGGGUUUGAGCCUUCAUAAUUUCACUAGAAUCAUGUAGUGAAAGCCUUUUUAAAAGCCAGAUCGAAAGUAUAUUUGUACAUUUUAAAUGAUGUAAUGCACACCACUUAUUUUUGCUAACGGAAAAAAAAUAUGUAGUCUAUUAUUAAUCUUAGUAAUACACGUAUUAUUAUAAGUAAUGGUUAAAAACGUAUAAUAACAAAGUAUUAUUAUUGCAAUAGACUGUUGACUUGUUCCUGUGUCCCUGUAUGACGUAUAGUUAUGUGAACAGUGACGUGUGUUUGGACUGUCAUACUGUUAUUGAUAGGGAUGUGGACUCUAAAUCGCCACUUGCUUCGAUGUUUGGAGAAAAAAAAAGAUCUGAAUGCCUAUUUCUUUCCCUUUCUUUCGUAGAUCUCGUACAGUCAGAGGUUUCUUGUAGAGGAAAGAAAAUAUUCCAUACUGUACUCUUAAAGGCUUUGUAUUGAGACGUUAAGUCCCUUUUGUGGUGACAAAGGGUGUAAUAGAAAGAAGAGUCUGUAGUAUAAAGCUUCUGCUCUUGAAUGUUUUCUGAAGGUUUUUCUUCAACUGGUGCUGACGCCUGCUCCUUAUCAGGAAAUGGAGAGAAAAGAAAAUGUGGUUCUGAAAGUGUUGUUGAUCCAUUUCAAGGACGUGUGUGAUCAAAGGAAAAACGUAACGAGUGGUAGAAGUUCUCCCAUUUCUUUUCAGUUAAAGCUUCGGGGGUUUUACGUGGGAUUGCCACCUCUGUUGCUGUACCCGAGCCACUUCAUGUGCUAACAAAUACAAAGAGUUACCCUGCCGGUAAGUCUGUGGUGUGACAAAGCCUGUAAUCUUAUUGCUGCUCUCUUUCCCCUUUUUGCUCUCGAACAUUUACUCCCCCUUUGCCAGAGGACUAGAAAUCCAUGGCCGUACAAUCCCAUCUUGUACCGCUGUGAGGCACGAGGAGGAUUAGAGCUGAAGGACAACAUGCUCAGUAAGAUACAGCAGAUUCUGUUUUAAUUUAAGUAUGUGUGAUUCAGACGUAAUUAAGGCUGAUCAACGAUACGUUUAUGUGGCAGGUUUUGGAGGUAGAUUGCCGGGAAUUUGAGUCCAUUUAUUACUCACUAUCUCUGCUGCUGGUAAUCAAUGUUCAGUUUGUGUAUUAUCUACUCUCUGGAGGGCAAUUGAACACAUGUUUACAUAGCAGAUGUGUUUGCCUCGCUUACAAACUGAAAUGUCAUCAGCUCUGCGUUGCAAAUAUCAGCUAGUAGAGGAGUGACCUAACACGAGCAAGACCAGUCGGGGCCUGUGGAAGUGAACGCUGGAAGAGAUAUGAAGACGUUUAUUAAUUUGGUCAAUUUGUCCUCUGCAGACAUCUGUGUUAAAGAGUGGGUUGUUUGUUUCUAUUAAAAUGACUUGUUGGACUUUAUGGAAAUGAGAAGCUAACUGUUGCCUUUUGCUCCCGAUUAGGAUUCCUAAUAAUACAAUUCUGGAAGCUGAAAAGCAAACGUCUAAAUUCACUCAUAAAGGUCAAUGUCUCCCUUUUUUUAAAAUGGCAGUGAAUGAAGUGCUACUCCAUUUCUAGUAAUCCUUCUAUAUCCCUGAUUUUGGUUGCUCUCUAUUUGCAGCGGAAGGUAGCAAUGAAGUGUGAAAAAAAAAGUCCACAGGAAGUGCCUUUCCUCUUGAUGGUGCUGUAAAUGGAAAGAUACAAUGUAAAAUCAAAGACAUAGAAUCUCCUUUAACAGAAGAUGUGCAGGAACUGCUGCAUUCACACACAUACUGUACACUUUCCUUUAGAAAUGGCAAUGCAAACAUGUGUUUCCUGUAUUUAGACAUUAAGCCUCAAUAGAAGUAGACUAUAUGCCACGUAUAUGGUUGUGGUUGAGCUUUUCGCUUCCUAUUGCAUUCGGUGUCUUGGACCAAUGGUGUCGUUGGUACAGUGGAAUGUGUUUUUUUGGGGUGAUAGCUGACUCUAGCGUGGUGUGACACAGCCUAACCCACGUAUGACAAACAUAGCACAGCACUUUAGAGACUGCCACUCUCACUCACAUAGCCAAGAGGUUCCAAUUUCUGUCCCCCCAGUCGCCCUUAUCCCCCCCCCCCCCCACUGAGGAGGAGGAGGAAGAGAGGAUCCAAACCUCAGUGUAAAGGAGUUGAAGGGACAUGUGUUACCAAACACGGCAGUCGGUCAUUUAAAGUGUGCCUCAUGCUCUCGUGACUCCGGUGGUGGUUUUCCCUCUGGAGUUACCACUAGCUAGGGCUGGGUGUCAAAACACAAUCUCACUUACCUCCGAGUGUUUGGCAUCGACCGUUUUGAAGCAUCUCAAACUUAAAAAAAAUAGGUUUUUACAAUAGAGUUUUGCACUGAAAUAUAACGGUUUUCGUCUCGAAGGGCAUUUUUACUAAGAAACGUAACACAAGUGGGAUAGAAAACGUCUUAAGAAGCAUGAAAGAAUGAUAAUAAUUUGCAUAUCGAAGUAUGCUUUUAAUCAAGUGUCAUUUUACAGCAGAUUAUAGAGAGGAAAUCAACACAACCAGUGUCAGUAUUGAAACCACGCCCAGCCCUAGCAGCAGUGGCAUCUUAGUGCCCUGGCACGUGUCUGUUCCCUGAUGGAGGGAGUGUGUGCCCAGCAGUAUCCCUGUCUUGAGCCGGUGGGGUGUCGAAUAAAAAUAGAGGGUGGUCUGUAGUUCUGUGGUUACUUUUUCAGUCCAGGGGGGGGGGGUGAAAUCUUUCUAUUAUAAGAGAUCUAAAAAACAAACAAACACUGCACCUCACUUACCUUGGUAUGCUGCAUAUGUUAUACUACAUGAAAGAAAAACUGCAAAUUGCUUUUAUUAUGACAUAUAAUGCUUGAGUAAUGCCUGAUUGCGAUAUUCUUAUACGGUAACUAUUUUAGAGUCACAAUAAGUAUAACUGUAAGAAAUAUUCUCUGUUUUGUCUUAACACUUAUCCCAUUUUGAGAAAUUGUUCUUGAGCCGACUUUUAUUUUGUUGUCCUAUUUAAAUGUGUUGUUCUUUAAAUUUAUAUAUGAAAUAUAUAUAUGCGGAAUAUUUUAUGGUGUAUUUAUUGAGAGUGCAUUCAAGCGGCUAGAGUCUCCGCAUCAUGUUCCAGCGUGUUGGGGGCGGGGCCAGGAGGAUGAGGCCCUUAGCCCCUCCCCCUCCAUGUUGAGGUCUUAUUCUCCGAGACAUGCAAGCACAAUAAUAUGGAAGGGGGGGGGACCUGAUAUGUAUAAGUCAACUCUCUCCUCCUUUCCUAAAUAUUCUUUACCCUCUUCUUUUUUUCACCACAUGCAAUGCCAAGCCCCCACAGCUCAUCUCUGACAAAGGGGAACCAUUUCUGAACCGCGCUGAGUGUUUAAUGGCUGCCUUUCUUCCAUCUCAAGCUGCUAAUUGGUACCUUAGCCAUUUAAAUUCCCUGAGCCUGUAAAAAGGGCCGGUGGAGAAGCGUGAAAUUUAAUAAAAGCAGCAGCAGGGAGAGGAAGGAAAGAUGUUGGCAGGGCAGGAUUCUUUGGUGAACAUUUUAGCGCCACUCCUUUCCUCGUAUAUUGUCUCCUGUCAUGUCGUUUUCCUUGUGCCAGAACAUUGUUCAGCCAGAACAGGUCUCAUUCCACACACAAAAAACAUGACCUCAGCCUUAAGCUCGUUAGUUGUCAGAUUUCCAUGUGACUUUAUGAUGCCUGUGUUGGGUGGCCCACAGAGAAAACAAGCCUAUGUAGUUGAUCUGCGCUGAUUCCACGACCAACAUCCUCAUUUCUUCUCAUUUCUCAUGUAAACCACUAACAUUGCUGAUGCACAAACGAGUGGAAGCUUUCACAGAUUGCCCUGUCCCAUUUGUACUGAUGUCAGACCAGAAACAAAGUCCGGGUCAAACGGCAUUUGAAAGCACUUAUUGGCCACAUGACGAGCAGCGCUUACUGCCUCAGGACUACCCUAAUAACUCUGAAUGAAAUGAAACCAUUUUGCUAGAUUGACUUUUCUACACCCUGACCCUUAGCGUAUUGGUUUUCAUUGUAUUGUCCUUGAUGCGAAUCCAAAGAACAACAUUUUCAGAUGCAGUUUGACCCGGGCCUGGAUUUCAGAGACCUGUGCCUGUAUAACGAACCAGGAAUGAACCGCGUUGUGAUGAAUUGCUGUUCUAUUUUUAUUCCUUUUCCCCUCAUCCCAUUAAAGGGAUCACAGUCAUGGAGUGUCGUCAAUCCUGUCCCAAAGUAAAUAGGCCUUUAAACCAAAUCAUCUUGGUUUAAUUUGUUUACUGUCAUAUUGACACCCAUGGCUAUCAGAUAUUUGACCUGUUUUCAUUCCAUUAGCAUUCCAAAAAUAACUUUGAACCAAAUAUUGCAUAAGAGAUUAGGCUUUUGGUGCGGUUUUUCCCUCAUACACACUAAAUGGUUUUGAAAACAGAUAUUUGACAGUGGCCAGGGGUGUGUGUGUACGCUGGUUGUUCAGUUUGUUUUUUCUUUUUUCAAUGUAGCAUCACUCUUGUGUCUGUCUUAUUUCAAACCCAGUAUCUUUGGACUCUGAUACCUCUGAGUGAUGCACCAGCGAACGGAUGUAUACGUUCACAGCCAGAUGAUCCAUAUCUCAGUGUCUCUGUAUGUUGCAAAGGCUCUGUUGAACCAACAGCCCUAUUCCUCUCAGUUUUAAAUGUCUCUUUCUUUUGUAACUCUCUCUUAUAGGUUGUUGGCCUUUUUAGUGUUGCUUUGCUUCAGUUUGAAGUGUAUCUUUGACUAAUACUUGCAAUAAAGUGCUUUGCUUUAC